AUGGGGCCAGCCACCGCACGGCUCGGCGUCCUCAUCGCCGUGGCGCUAUUGUUCGCCGGCUUCGCUCCGUCGGCGACCGCGAGAGGGAGAGGGAAGGGCGGCCACGGCCACGGCCACGGCCACGGCGGCCCCGCCCACGGUGGCCCCGUGAACCCACUGGUCGCCGGCAUCUGCUUGCAUACCCCCUUCCCGGAAGUGUGCAAGCUUACGGCUGGGAGGCACGCGGCCAAGUACCAUGUCAUCGACAACCAGGCCGUGCUUAACAUGCAGGUCGACGCCUUCGCCAAGCGAACGGCCGCAGCCCGGAAGUUCGUCGCCAGGGCGUCCCGCAAGGGUUCGCCGGCGCAAACUCAGGCGCUGACCUUCUGCGACACCAUGUACAUGAACACCCAGGACACCAUCGGCGCGGCGCAGCGAGCCAUCACCUUCAAGGACAAGGGCACGGCCAAGAUCAUGCUGCAGCUCGCCGUGCAGGACUUCCAGUCGUGCGACCAUCCGUUCCAGCAGGCCAGCAUUCCAAACCCAAUGCUCAAGAUCGACGGGGAGCUCAACCAGAUGGCCAAUAACUGCAUGCAACUGGCCAGCAUGAUGUGA